GGUGUCUACGAAUUAUAUUAUUUGAUAUACUCGAGUAGAUAAAAACAGGAAGGAUAGAGAUAGCUUAUUCCAUGCCCUACGAUUCCCAGGCCUCGCGUCUGCCAAGAUGGACUAGCUUUCUUCUCCGCGUUGGUCUUUUGGCUGCGGUGUGUGACGAGGAGAGUUUCGAUGUUCGAUGGUAGAUUGAGGGUUCUGCUGUAUUUGGAUGACGAGAAAGAGGGAGAGAGAGAGAGAGACUCUCCUUCUUCGAGAAUGAAACAAAGAAAUCUCGCUCGUAAAUGACUGCAGUUUUAAGCUUUAACAGGCACUUCUGCCUUGGGAGCUCUACCCGCUUUUCUCUUCUCCAGUACAGAGUCCAGAUAAUAGGAGAUGAAGCUCUAUUUGAGAGUUCGGUUCAUUCGAAAGGAAAGACGAGCACGAACGACCCCCUGCCCUGCUGCAGAUGAGUUACAUUUCCUAGAAUUUCCAAGGGGUUUCCAAAAAUAGAUGGCCUGGUAGAUGCGCCGUCUCGAAAGGAAAGCUGGGUGCCGAGAAAACUCGUCCGUCACCGCGGUUCAAAGCAAUGUCACGCUCUUCGUUGUCAGCAGAUCGCUCGUCUUUUUGAUGUAUAUGCAUAUGGUGUUCAGAAUUAAGGGAGUAGGCUAGUGGAAUGCAUGUAUUAUUGACUAUGUAGAAUUUGCUGUAGUGAUCUAAAUCUAAAACCGGAAGUGGAAGAUAUUAUAUACGCACAUUAGGUGCACGUGCCAUAUCUUUCCAACACAUAGAUAGGAUAGAGUCUCGCAAUGGAAGCGGGACACUUCCUGUAUAUCGUAUGCGACGUUCCUCAGUACGUACGUCAUGUCUCUCUCGCCUCUGAUUUCACCAGCGCUAUGUUAUCUCCGCUAAUUCGAAUCAACCCGGGACUUCUUGGCACACACUCUCUCUGGGCACUUCCAACCGACCUCGUUCAUUCAUUCAGAAAGGGUUCGAGUAUGUCUCGAAGGAAGAUUACUCGGUGUGUUUGUUUGGUGAGCGAACAUAUUCUUGCGGAAUGCCACGCGGUGCGGAGAAUUAACAACUGCAGAUUGCUCGGCGAUAAAUUCGCGUCGGUUCUUUUACUUUGAAAAUUUCAUGAUCGAGCUGUGGAGAUUGUGUUUUUUUUCAAGCGUUUUAGGAGUAAUCAAAGAAGAUUGUGUGAACGGGUUGAUUUCUGCGACUGCGGUUGUGUAAGAGGUGGGUUGAUGGCAUUAGUAUCCAGAGGAUCGAACGUGUUGCUGUUGUUGUGGACGCGGAUACGGACGUCCUAGGAUCGAAUGGCAGACAGGGCAGCACCAGUCCUGCGAGAGCAGUCGACGAGGUGUGUACGACUCCACAAAUUAUCUUAUGAAGGCGUUGGGAACCUAAACCAAUAGGAACACAACACAACGACUGCCAGCUCUGCGAGAGCAGUUGCGAGAUGAUCCUGAUACCCUUUAAAGAUCUUGAGAAUGCAUUUUGAGAACCAGCAGGCAGAGCACAGUCCUGCGAGAGCUGUCGCGAGGUGAAUCUGGUCACUGUAGAAACUUCUGAGAAGGCGUUGGGAGCCUAAGAGAAAAGCACAUCCAACACUAAAUCCUGCGAGAGCAGUCGGCGAGGUGUGUUCAAUAUCUGUACCAAAUUUCUUGAGAAAAUGGUUGUGUGGAACCAAUUGGAAAGUCGUCCGCGCAAUGUCAUUUGCAUCUUGAUGGUGUUGAUGCAAAGAAAUUGCUUCUAGACUCUGAUAGAAACAUACUAAACUUCACAGCAGAUGAUGUAGUAGUAUGAGAAUCUACUAUUCAUGAUUAGAGAUAUAUCAAAUAUGAACGAGAGAAGAACAAACCUUGAUUUCAGCACAUUCAUUGCGACCUGGUGAUUCACCAACUUCCGUGUAAUCAUUGCGCUUGA